AUGAGAGAGGGCAGCCUACAUAGCCAGCUUCAGGGAAACUUGGACAAGGCAGCCAAUGCCAGGAAAGGCAUCAAUGCCUUCCUGACAACCCGGCUGCCCUCACUUCCUGGACGGAAUCUGGCUGUGGCUCAGACUCUCCUUCUUUUGCUGUUGGCAGCAUGUCUGCACACUGGGAACUCAGCAGGAUAUCAAAAAAUGCAGGACUAUGGUGUUGACCAACCAGCUGUCCUCAAUGGAUUCCAAGGCAGCUCCAUUGAGAUCCCCUUCUCAUUCUACUUCCCCUGGGAGUUGGCCAAGGAUCCACAGAUGAGCAUAGCCUGGAGAUUGAAGAACUUCCAUGGGGAAUUCAUCUACAAGUCCACUCUAUCUUUCAUUCAUGAGCACUUCAAGGACCGGCUCAUCCUAAACUGGACACAGGGUCAAACAUCCGGAGUCCACAGAAUCCUGAACUUGAAGGAGAAUGACCAGGCCAUAUACUUCAGCAAAGUUUGUCUGCAAACAACAGAAGGCAUGAAGUGUUGGCAGUCUAUUCCUGGGACAAAACUCAAUAUUACACAUGCUCUCAGUACUACCAUGAGGACCCCCUCCAUCAUCACCUCUGCAGACCCCACAGCUGGCCUGGAGGACAUAAGGGGCCAGAGGAAUCCUUCACUGCUGAACCUGGGAGCCAUGGUUGGGAUGGUUGUGGCCAAAGUUGUAGUCAUCAUCCCCCUCUACGGAUGGAUGAUCUUCCUGUGGUGGAAGAAAAGGCCAGCAGAGUAACACCUAAACCCCAGCCAGGAGGCAGACAUCUCAUCCAAAGCCCGACCCCCACCCCACAUGCUACACAUCAAGUGUCAGACCAAGGCUUCCUUUCCUCACAAGCUCAACUGUAUGCACUCACAUUCUCAUUUCCUACCAUGUCGGCAUUCUGGACUCUGGGUUCUCUCCUGGAAUAGGACAUUUGUCGCAAGUCCAAUCUGUCCUAACAUUUGAUAGCACAUUAACUUCUAAUAAAACCCUGUGGGGACACAGAAAACCAUCCAGAGUGACCCAGGAGGAAUGAAACCAGGCUUCUCAUGACAGAAGAAGUUCAUGGACAUGCUCAAUACAGAUCUACCAACGACAGUGAGCCAUAAUUGAAGUGGCACAAAUACAGCUCCAGUUCACCAAUCACAAGGCUCAAAUGAGUAUCAUCCAUGGGUGUUUUCUGGGUAAUUGGGGAAACUGUUCCCAAUCCCAUGAGGCAAGCUAGAGCUACUUGGGGUCGUGAAAAGGUCACCAAGACUCAUGUGGCUAAAGUGAAGCCUCCUGGAGCAGCUAUGAGGUAUCUACUGUUGUGACUGCAUCCUAACACCCUAAGACUGAACACAGCAGCUCUCAUGACUACAGGGACCUUUGGAGCAGGGAUGAUACUUUCUCUGAGCAUUCCUGAAGGGUUCUCACAGCAGGAUGCCAUGAUGGUAGUCUGCCCAGCCAUAACAAGGAGUCCAUUUGUCAGGUCCAUGCCUCAGGCAUCUGUACUCAGAGAAGGGGCCUUAAUCCACUUGCUCAAAUGUGACUUCUCAGGUCCUUUUUCAUUGCUCAAGAGGGAAAAUCAAGAGACAAAACCAGAGCAAAGACAUAAAGAAACAACGUUCUCAACAACAUAGGUGCUUAAGCUCCAGUUGAAUACAUUUAGGCAGACUGUAUCUCUGAUGUGCCAAAGGGAACAUUAUGGGCCAACUAGAAGUUGACACUGGUUUCUGCCCUGGUGACAAGUGUUUGGUAUGUGUGUUCCCUAGACUGAGAUGAUUGGUAAAAAAAAAAGUACUAAAAGAAAUUGGGAAUCAAAACAUGCCUGUCAUCCCUACUAUUGACAGGUAGUGAUGUGAAGAUUGUCAAUUGGAAUAUUGGUUCUCAACCUGUGGGUCACUACCUCUUUGAAGUUAGAAGGACAUUUUCACAGGAGUCAAAUUUCAGAUAUCCUGAAUAUCAGAUGUUUAUAUUAUGAUCAUAACUGUAGCAAAAUCAAAGUCAUGAAUUACCAAUGAAAUAAUUUUAUGGUUGGAGUCACCCCAACAUGAGGAAAUAUCACAGCAUUACAAAGCUUGAGAACCACAGAAUUGGAGGCUAUUCUUGGUACCUCUUGAGUUUAGGCCAGCCUGGGUUGCAUGAGACUCUGUCUUUAAAUCAACAGCAAAGCCUAACAAAACUGAAAACAAUAAAGAGGGUCAUGGAUAAAGGUCCUCAGCUCCCUUUUGGUUAGAGAUGGAGAACUCGAAUAUAGCACCAGUAUUCUCUCCAGAUUUACAUAAAAAAUUGUGACUGCCAAUACUUUAGUUUUUGCAUGUUUGUUUUUGUUUCCUUCUGUGUCUGAGGAGGGGGUUUCUCUAUUAUAUAGGUCAGUUCUCCUGGAACUUGCUUUACACACAAUGGCUGGCCUCAAAGUCAGAAAAUCUCCUCCUUCUGCAUUCUAUAAAAUGUACCUCCAUGCCAGGGGAUUAACACAUUUCUGGCUUUUGUUCAUUUAUUUGUUUUGGUUUUGGUUUGUUUUAACCUAAAUAUAAUAAAUCUGAGAGAGGGUGGGAGUUUGUCUGCUUCUGUGACCACAAGCUUGAUGACACAUUUAUAAAUGUCUCUGUUCUUGGCUAUCAGCAGAUGUUGGAGGGGUCUGAGCUCCUCCCCGAGUCCCAUUCACCUGGCCUUUAGGGCACAGUAUAGAGCCUAGUUCCAGGAACACCCUGGGUAGGGGUUCACGCAGGAGCUCAUCUGAGGCUGAGGAGCAGGUGAGGCAGAUGAAGAUGAUGAUGUCAUCCUAGGGAAGAAACACAAGGUCAGAUGGCAGCAGGCAGCUGUGCUAUUGUAAAGAUUAAGCUGCAGCCUGUGCAUCCUGUAUAUACCACAAGCUGCCGUCCUCUCUAGCUUCUCCACUCUCCUCAGGCACCAGUCGGAGUGUUACUUUGACGCUGGAUCUAUGUGUUGUCACCAAGGAAGAGAGAUCAAUGAGAGUGUGUGUAAGGAAGUAGUGAAAAGACUGGAGAAGACAGGGACAGGUUUCAUCUAUGAGGGUAUCUACUGAACCCACAGAGCCUAGAGUAGGCAUUAUCUGAAGGAUGGUUCUGGAAUUGAAUCAUCCACAGACAAACAGGAAGGUUUGAGCCUGUUUUCUCCCUCUGCUGUCAUGGGAUAAGUUAAUUGGGUAUAAAGUCAGAGUCCGAAUGCUGUAGACAAUGAAAAGAACUAGAUUCUGAAGAAUAACAGAGCCUGGACAUAGGGAAGCUUUGUUUAGUCAGAAUAAAUACGGGGUUAAUAUGUGGUGGCAGAUCAGCUAUGAAAGGAUCCUUACAUGAUUUGUUUCUGAGAUCCAGUGCACGUGUGUGCAAGUCAGUUUGGGCUCGUGUACAGAAGUGCAGAGGACAACCUCAGGUAUGGUAAUUAGCAACACCAUCCAAAUUCACCAUAAAUUUUGUGUUUCUGUUUUUGAUUGGUUGGUAUUUAGUUUGAUACAUAGGCUAUUUUAGGUUUGGCUGGGAUUCCUUGGUUUAUGUUGUUGGGUUUUUUUUUUGUUUGUUUGUUUAUUCUUCCAUACAAGCUUUCACCAGGCAAGCUUCAAACUCACUGAGAUCCAUGUGCCUCUGCCUUCCUCCUACCAAAUUCAGACUUGAAGCAUGUAUGUGUAUGUCUAUCAUGGGUUAUGAUAUUUUAAAUAACAAUUAUUCAUUCUGGGGUGUGUGGUGUGGGUAGGGACCCAUGUGCCUGAGCAUCACACAUAUUCCAACCCUGCAGGCUGACAUUCCCCGUGGUCCUGCGAUAUGCAAAAGCCCCGUGUGCACCCCAAAACCACAGACUUCCGGUCCCAAAUGAGAGCAUGACUUGGGAUUAAGGAGCCAGCAGGUGGCAGCAGUGCAGCUGAGCACAAUGGGUAUUUGGCAUCCUUAGAACCCAUCAGAGCCUGUUGUAUACAAAUGCUGGGGUCCAGCAGCUGACUUAUGGCAGUUCUGUCAGUUCCAGUCCCCUUCUUGGGUGGGUUAGUUAUCAGAUGACCUUCUGCCCACAACCUCAGACAGACAAAGUAAGGCAGAUGAAUCUGGAGGUGAGUUCUCAUGGCCAGGAGGACAUUUGUACAGACUUCACUGACCCAAAGAUGUUCAUCUGGUAGAGUGCUUUCUUGCCUGUCAUGGACAGAAAAUGAUGUUCUUUGUCCACUGUGAAACAAAGGAGCAGGAUGGUGCACACUUAUAUUCACCACUAAUGGAAGGCAGAGACGAGAGGAUCUGUGGGAGUUCCAGAUCAUCCUUGAAUACAUAACAAAUUUAAGGGCAAGCUUGGCCAAGCCACAGCCUAAAUACCUGUCAGUUGAGCACCUGUCCCUAAGGCAGGUUGAGACCCUUUGAGGAAGUUUAGUAUGAGAAGCAUGCAAGGUAGCAAGAGAGAUGAUUCAGCUAGAGAGGUGUACAUGGGUAGCAGGACCUGAGUUUGACUUAGAGCAGCCACACUAUAAGUCAGGGAUAUGGCAGGAAUUUGUAAUCCCAGCCCUGUAUGAGCAAGAGACAGGGAGAGUCAUGGGGCUGACCAUGUAGCUACUCAAGACUAAUUGGUAAGUCCCAAACCGAUGAGUGCCAUGAUAUAAAAAAAAUGUAGAUUUCUCAAGAUGGUCAAUUAUGGUCAUAACCUUUUAUAAAUUUAUGUUAAAUGAAGUAUUUUAAAAUGAUAUAUUAAUGAACAGUGUAAUCAGUGAGAAAUCUCAGUGGAAAUGGAGCCUGCUGCCUAGCACAGUGACCUGGGUGUGAUUCCUGGUGACUUAAAUGGUACAUGGAGAAAACUGACUGUGGACAAUUGUCCUCUGCCUCUCAGGAUCACUCACAGACCCCUGGUAAGACAUCAUCUGUUUGUCCUCAGAGAACAGACUUUCUGGUGCCAGGAUCUCGCACCAGGUAGGUGAGUUACUUCAAAGUAGUGAUUGAGGGCACACCCCCUGCAUACCACUAUCCUCCCUGUCUCCUGUAUAGGAAUAAGAGCCCAUGGAUUCAGGAUUGUGUGUGACACAUCCUAAGAAUCCAUGUCAGCUCUGAUGUCGUCUCUUUAGAAACCAUGUCAUCCUGUCUGUCUCUGGUCCUGAGAGCCUGACUGCUGUUCUCUGUGAAUUUUUAAAUUUUUUAAUAAAUGUGGAAUCGUAAAUCAAUAAACUUGAGUAGGUUCAGAGUAAUACUGAGAUCAAGACAAGUUCAAACCAGAAAAUCUCAUUCUGUGACCAGCAGAAGUUAGGACUGUGCCCUGCUUGCUCUAGUCUGCAUGUUCAGAUCCAAGAAGCCCAUACCACCGCCACCUCUGCCACCCUUGAAAAAGUAAUAACAAGAUGGCUGAAUUACAGCUCUUCCUUCCCCUCUCUCCAUAGACACAUGUCCAUCAAGCACCUGGAAUUCCUCCUCAGGCAAUUGAAGGUUCCUCAGAACCUCAGCAUAAGCCAAUAAUGCACAGUCAUCCUAUAACCAAUAAUCAAUCAAUAAGUUUCAUAUAGACCUUGUUACCCAACUAAAAGACAGCUGCUUAACUGAUAGAAAUACACAGAAGCCUGUUUCUCAACAGGAUUCAAUCUAGAAGAGAUCCUGUCAACCCAUCAACACAGAUAAGUUUAGUUCCUUUCAUUCCAGCCCUGAGUUCAACUUGCCUGCAUACAUUGAGGUCAGAAGAAGAACCAGGCAAACAAAUAAAAGUCUUACUCCAAGCAAUCUAUCAGGAAGUUUCUGUAGACACUCUUCUCCCAUAUGAGACCUCUAAGUGAGUUGCAGCCUGUCUCCAGAAUACAAGUCACAGGAGAGGGACAAGGUCCAUGUUCCAAAUUGAGAACCAUAGAUUGAUAAUAUAUCCCUUCUCCCUAGCCAUUUCCAUCUCACCCAGAGCCUUG